AUGCGACGGAAGAAGCACAAGCAGACGCGUCGAGCUACAAACUACUAUCGCAUCAAUUAUGGAUUCCACGAACCUUACAAAGUGUUGCUGGACGGGAACUUCAUCCAUGCUACCAGGGCACUCAAUCUAUCUGACCUGGACAGCCAUAUCCCCAAGCUGCUAGGUGGAUCUUGCAAGCUCUACACGACCAAGUGCAUCACGGGGGAGCUCCGGUCUCUGGGCUCCGAGUUCUCCGCCACGACAGCGGCCGCCAGGUCCUUCACUCUACACAAGUGCGGACAUGGAGACGACGAACACCACCACCACCAGCAGCAUCACGAACACGGACAGGAAUCCCAUCACCGGAGCAUGGAAGAUGACGAGCAGCAGCAGCAGCAGCAAAAGAAGAAGAGGAAGCGGAAGAAGGGGAUGGAAGAGGGCGAUACGGCGGCGCGGUUGGAGGGUGGUGGUGGUGGUGGUGGUGGUGGUGGUGGUGGCCAGGAGAAGGAGGAGAAGAAGCCCACAUCUGCAGCGGAUUGCAUUCGAGCUGUCAUCGGUAAAAGCAACGAGCAGCACUGGUUUGUGGCUACGCAAGACGCGGCUUUGAGGCGGGAGCUGGGGCAGAUUCCUGGGUGUCCGUUGGUUUUCGCCACGGUCAACGGAGUCCAUUUGGAGACGCCCUCCGAGGUCACGCGACAGAAGGCCAAGGAGGGCCCGAACCCCCUGGCGGCAAAAAAGAAGAUCAAGAAGACGGUUGCCGUACAACAACAGAAGAACCGCAAGGCGGAGGACGGCGCGCUGGUGGAGGCGGUGUUUGGGGCGAGUGGCGGCGGCAGGGGCGCCGACGGUGCUGCUGCUGCUGCAGCUGGUGGGGAGCAUCAGCGGGUGGCGGCGAAGCGGCGGCGGACGCUGCCAAAGAAGAAGUCAGGCGGCGGCGGCGGCGGUGGGGGAAGCGAAGCCGGCGAUUAG